AUGUCUGUGAUAUUCACUGUUCUUAUUCUUUGUUCACUUUCAUCAUGGAGCGAACAACAAUAUACAUCUGACUGGACAUCACUUGAUGCACGUCCUUUGCCAAAGUGGUAUGAUGAAAGCAAAAUAGGUAUCUUCAUUCAUUGGGGACUAUAUAGCGUGCCAGCUAUCUCUUCCGAAUGGAUGUGGUGGAACUGGAAAGGCGAUAAUCCAAGUCAGGUUGUUGUCGAUUAUAUGAAAGCAAAUUAUCCACCUGACUGGACUUAUGCAAAUUUCGGUCCAGAGUUCCGUGCAGAUCUCUAUGAUCCAAACGAAUGGGCUGAUCUAUUCGCUGCAUCCGGAGCUAAAUACAUUGUGUUUACAAGCAAGCAUCAUGAAGGUUAUACCAUGUGGCCAUCAACAUUUUCAUUCAACUGGAACUCGAUGCAUGUCGGCCCAAAACGAGAUUUACUUGGAGAUUUAGCCUCAGCUAUUCGAAAUCGAACAAAUCUUGUUUUUGGUUUGUAUUAUUCUCUAUUCGAAUGGUUCAAUCCAUUGUAUCUACGUGAUAAGUCAACUAAUUUUACUUCUCAAGAUUAUGCGAAAACAAAAACAAUGCCUGAAUUGAAAGAAAUCGUUGAAACAUACAAACCUGAAAUUGUCUGGUCUGAUGGUGAAUGGGAACCACUGGAUACUUACUGGAGUGCGACACAAUUCUUAGCAUGGCUUUAUAAUGACAGUCCGGUGAAAGAUACUGUUGUGACCAACGAUCGAUGGGGUAGUGGAACACUAUGUAAACAUGGUGGUUUCUAUACUUGUUUGGAUCGUUACAACCCAGGACAUUUGGUUGAACACAAAUGGGAGAAUUGCUUCACGAUUGAUAAACGAUCAUGGGCAUAUCGUCCUAUUGCAAAUAUUGAUGAUUACAUGACAAUUGAAGAAGUGAUUCGAGAAAUAGUGAUAACGAUCAGUACUGGAGGAAAUGCAUUGGUGAAUGUCGGUCCCAAUAGACAUGGCAAAAUCCCACCGAUAUUUCAAGAACGUUUGCAACAGAUGGGCUCUUGGUUGAAAGUAAACGGGGAAGGGAUUUACGCGUCGGUACCAUGGAAAUAUCAAAACGACACAAUCAAUUCUGAUAUUUGGUAUACCUCAUCGAAAGAUGGUAGAUAUGUGUAUGCUUUUCUCCUGAUGUGGCCGAAGAAUAUCACUGAGAUAACAUUGGGUGCUCCGUUACCUUCAGCAAACACAGUUGUGACAAUGCUGGGCUCAAAUGAUCGUUCUAUUCCAUGGAAAGUAGGCAGUGACAAUCGUGGUAUGAUGAUUGAUAUAUCGAAUGUCAAACUUCAUCUGCUCGAGAGUCAAUGGGUGUGGGUAUUUAGACUAACCGAUUUGCUAACUGACAAUGCCACUAUGACUACAAUCCAACGAACAACAUCGACUGCACGUAUCACUCCUCGAAGCAAUGCAAACCUUUCUUUUUCUUCUUCUUUGUCAUUAUUUAUGCUUCUUGAUGUACUUCUUUAUGUCGUAAUGUGA